CUAGAUAAGGAAUUGGUAAAGGUUAAAAGCUGCUGUAAUAUUGUUAUUGUUUACUUUUUUGGAUACCGUCAGGGACAACUGUUGAAUUUUGUUUUAAAAAAUCGGAAAAAUGGGGCCGAGCAAAAAACCUCCUCUGAGACGGAGGACACUUAAUAAAGUGCCGCCUAUUUACACGCUGAGGAAAAAAGAUUCGUUCGACAGACUUUUCAAAAAUUCAGGCACUUCGUCCAACUCGAACAUUUUCGAAUCUUCGUCCGACAAAGAGAAACCACUUAAAAAUUCAACUUUUAACUCGCCUGAUUCUGAUGUGCAAUACGUUCAGUACAAAUCACCGAAUCCUAAAUUCUUUAGAAAAGGGAAUGGAAAAAGUGAUCGAAAGUGCUCUAAUGUCAAAACACCGAGUAUAUCGAGUAUACUUUGUUUUAGCAGUGAUGAUUCUUUUGAUCCCGUUUUAUGUGCCAUAAAAAAGAAAAAGAAAAGAAAAUUGUUAAAUGGAAAAUUAAAGCCGUGUGGCAAAAACAAAAAGAAGACUGAACUUGAUAAAAAAAUUAGAUGCGUUUUAGACAAUUAUUCAUCACCAAAACCUAGUCCAUGCUCUUCAAAACAUUGUUUUGCUGCAAGUACUCCACAAAUGAGUGCCAAGCCUGAAUUCAAUUCCAAGACCCCAUGUUCGCCAAUAAAUGUUCUUACAAAUGAAAUUUCCGUACCAGUUUUAAAUUUGAUGCAGAAAUUUAACUUGCUCACUGUCAGCCCGACAAAUUCGUAUAUUAAAGAGAAGACUGUUGCGGAUGAAAACAACGAUUCAGUAGUAGAUAUCAAUUGUAAAUUUAAUGAAAAAUGUGAUAGUUCACUAGAAAAAUGUAAAAAUAGUACUGAUAAAGUAGUAGAUGAAGUGUCUCUUCCAAAUGCAAAGGAAGAUGAUGUGUCGUCUCAAGACAAUUUUAAUUCGUGUGUUGGAGAUAUAGAAAUAACAAAAGAUCAAAAUGAACGUGGCAACAGAAUUCAUGAUGAUUUGCUUAAAACAAGAUCAAAGGAAAAUAGUGUUUUUAGCAGUGUACAAGAAAACUCGCAGAAUUCAGAACAGGGGAAUGAUUUCUAUGGUUUUUCAUCAUUUGUGAUCAAAUGUAGUCAAAAUCAAGUUAAUCAAAAUUAUCUAUGUCUUUCAAGUGGCAAAGAGAAAAAACAGCAAUUUUCCUCCGCCCUUUCUUCAAAUUCCAACAAUGAAAAUAUUUUUGCAAAGUCCUUAAGCCCUGAGCGUGUGUCACAGUUAGCAGAAACUAUAAAUGAGAAAAGUAUUGAAAUGUUUUCAGAAAGAUCUACCUGUUUGAAUUCUUUUGAACAAAGUUUAGUCACUCCUGGGAGCCGGGAUUUGGAACUUAAAACUCCAGGACAAAAGAGCUUUAUGAAAGAACUAUCUGAAGAUGGAACGAGUUCUUUUACAAGUCUUUUUGAUAAAGAAAGUAGUCAAAAUUUGGAUAACACCCCUUCUAUUAAAUUAACAACUGCACAGUCUAAAAGAAAUCUUUCUUUGGAAUUUAGCAUUUGUGACCGUACAUCUAACCUUGAACCGUUGCCUGAAAAUCAAGAAGAUGCUGAUGAAUCAGGGAAGAAUGAUACUCAAAUAUCCUGCGAUAACAAUAUAGAUAAUGACAGUUAUGAUUGUACACCUUUAAUCUAUCGUAUGAAAUCAAUCUCGCCUACAAGACGUAGAAAUAUUUUAAGGCCUGCAAUAAUUCCAGAAUUAAAUAAUGUAAUUGAAGAGUCUGAUGAAUUUUCUACGUCUGAGUUAAAUGACGAACCUUUACCUCUUGAACAUUUUGUCAUUCCUCCUGGUAAAAAAUACAGGAGGUCAAUUUCAAUUAUUCGGCAUUUAGAAGGUGAUAUGACUCUUAACAUUCCCAAAGGCAGAAACUAUGAAAACUCUGUUGAAAAAUUGAUUAAACUACAAAAAAUUGGGGAUAAAACUAUGAUUUCUACUCCUACUAAUAUUAUCAAGAAAAAACUUAGUUUAAGAUCAUCUCUAUUGAGACAGUUCACACCUACGCGUAGAAAAAGAAGUAUAUCAUUUCAACUUUCUUCUCCGACAAGAUCACCCAUAAUGAGAAACACAAGUUUGUCGUUUUUAAAGAAUUCAUUACCAGAUAUAAAGUCCCCUUUACUUAAUUCUCCAAGUGAAAUGUUAUGUGUGCCAAAUAUUGAUGAAAAAGUUAAAAGAUCGUCUAAUGUAUUUUCUUCAUUACAAACUUAUUCCCAAUCGUCAGAUUACGCUGAAAUUGUCUUUUUCCUAUGUAACCAGACAAAGCCAUGCGAUUUUAGUGAAAUUUACCCUCAAGAAAUCUUUAAAAACUCUAUAAAAGUUGGAGAAGGGGUCUUUGGCGAGGUAUUUCUCAUUAUGAAAGAAAAACAAAAAUCUGUUUUGAAAAUAAUUCCUAUUGAAGGUGAUUUUCCUGUGAAUGGCGAAAAACAGAAAACUUACAGCGAAAUUUACUCUGAACUUCUUAUUACCCAUUUACUCAAUGGGCUUCGAGGAGAUACUGAGCAGUUUAUGACAAAAGGCUUUGUUGAACUUAUUUCUGCUAAGAUUGUACAGGGAAGAUAUCCUGAAGAACUCAUUAGGCUUUGGGAGGAAUUUGAUGUUAAAACAGGAUCAGAUAAUGAUAACCCAACAAUUUUUGGGGAUAAUCAACUAUAUCUUACUUUGGAACUAGCUCAUGGUGGUACUGAUCUGGAAAGUUACUCGUUUAGUACAGCAAAACAGGCUUUGUCCAUUUUUAAACAGACUGCUUUUAGUUUAGCUGUAGCUGAGGCUUGCUGUGAGUUUGAGCAUAGGGAUUUGCAUUGGGGAAAUAUCCUCAUUUCAGGAACAAUCGAGAGGGAAAUGAAAUAUCUGAUUGGCAAUAAGGAAUUUAAGGUUACGACCAAUGGAGUUAAGGCAACCAUAAUUGAUUUUACCCUUUCAAGAGUUCUUUACAAAGAAGAUAUACCAAUUUACUGUGAUAUUGGUAAAGAUCCUGAGAUGUUUAUCGCAACUGGAGACUACCAAUUUGAUAUUUAUAGGCACAUGAAGAAAGAUCUUAACAACGAGUGGGAUAUAUUUGAGCCUAAAACAAAUGUACGAUGGCUUCAUUACGUUUUAGAUAAGAUGAUUAAGGAAGUGAAGUAUAAGAGAAAAUCUGCAAAGGUCCAUAAGGAUAGUAUGACAAUUUUAGAUAAGAUUGAAACAUGGAUACUUGAUUGUGAUAAUUGCUUUGAUAUAGUAUUGCGAUUGACGGAAAACAGAUAAGCAGUUUCCUAUAUGGAAUGAAUACUACUUUUGUAAAAUGUGUCUGGUGCAAUAUAUAUUUUUUAAUUAAAAUUCUUCAAUCAUU